GAUUAACAUAACUAUUUACGCUAGACUGCAAUUCAGUACCUUAAUUGUGACGUUCUCCUUAUUAUUUCAGAUUAACGGAGAAAUUUAUUCUCGAGUCACUGAAGAAAGGGGGCAUCCUUUUCGGUGAGGUUGAUGACAUGAUGGUUGAGCGAUUGGGUGCUGUUUUCAUGCCCGAUGGUCUCGGUCACUUCUUAGGAAUCAAAACCCAUUAUCCUGGGGGCUACUCGAAGGGAGCAAAGAGACCCUUGGAAUCUGGGUUAAGUGCUUUACGUACAACUAGAGAACUCCAGGAAGGAAUGCCCCGUAUUGCAUGUGAAGAUGUAAGUGUGUUUGCUUCGAUAGAUAUGUUUGGUCUGGUCAAUUUUCAUCGAUCUUCACUAAGUUCCCAAGGCAAUGGCUUCGUCCUUUACAGCGAUGGCUACUGUGUUUCGAUCUGUCUCCAUUGCUGCUUCGGUUUCUCAGGUGGAAGGCAGUGA